GUGUCAUACCUGUUCUCUCUGGUUGGGCCACAGGUGGCUUUUGAAAUUUAGACCUCAGGUAACCCGAAGAUAAAAUGGCACGAAAUCUUGCCCUGGCAGGGCUGGGUGUCCUUCUCUUUCUCCAGAUAGCCACGUCCACCAAGCUGGUGUGCUACUUUUCCAACUGGUCCCAGUACAGGCCUGGAAUUGGGAAAUUUACCUCCGUAGACGUGGACCCCUUCCUUUGCACUCACGUCAUAUUCACCUUGGCCACCAUUAAAGACAACCAGAUCACAACCAUCGAGUGGAACGAUGAGUCCCAGUACAAGUCUUUGAACAGCCUGAAGACCACUAACCCUCAGAUGAAGACUCUGCUGUCCGUUGGGGGCUGGGUCAAUGGGAUGAGCCCGUUCAUCGGGAUGGUCGCCACGGCAGAGAGCCGUCAGAUAUUCAUCCAGUCGUCCAUCCGCUUCCUGCGCCAGCACGGCUUCGACGGUCUGGACCUGGCGUGGGAGUACCCGGGCCAAAAUGGCAGCCCCGCCCAGGACAAGCAGAGAUUUACCGCCCUGGUCACGGAGCUCAUAAAAGCCUUUGAGGAUGAGGUCAAAGGCACCGAGAAGCCCAGACUCCUGCUCUCUGCGAAGGUGGCGGCCAUUAGAGCUACAAUUGACUUUGGCUACGAGAUCCCCCAGCUGUCAAGCCUGCUGGACUUCAUCAGCGUCAUGACCUACGACUUCCACGGACACUGGGAGAUGUCCACGGGACACAACAGUCCCCUCUACCCCAGCCCCCUCGACAAAGGAACCCAAGUUCACCACAACGUCGACUCUGCUCUUGCCUACUGGAUGGAUAAUGGAGCCCCAGCAGAGAAGCUUCUGAUGGGCUUCCCCACGUACGGACGCACCAACAAACUCACGUCCUCCAUGACCGGUCUGGGAGCCCCGUCCUACGGGCCGGCCGCUGCUGGGCCUUACACCAGGGACCCCGGCUACUGGUCUUACUAUGAGGUCUGCUCCUUCAUCACGAGCGGCACCGUCGGCUGGAUUGAGGAGCAGAGAGUUCCCUACGCCACGCACGGUGACUCAUGGGUCGGCUAUGACAACAAGGAGAGCUUUGCAAACAAGGUUCAAUGGGUACAGGGCAACAACUUGGGGGGAGCCUUUGUGUGGUCCCUGGACAUGGAUGACUUUGCGGGGCAGUUCUGUGCAGAUGGGAAAUACCCUCUUGUUAACCACCUCCGUAACUCCCUUGGUUUUCCACCCAAACCGACCACCACCCCCGGCCCCACCACCACCCCGGAUCCCAUCGCCUCCUUCUGCAUCGGCCGACCAGACGGGCUGUACCCCAACCCCAGCGACAUCACCACCUACUUCCAGUGUUUCCGUGGAAACACCUACAUCCACAGCUGCCAGCCGGGCCUGGUCUACGUCGACGCCUGCAAGUGCUGCAACUGGCCGUGAGGGGGGGAGGAGCCAUGAGCUCAGCUUCCAAACAGGCCUCCCAUUGGCCAGCCCACUGUGCCUGUUCCUCUGCACUGCUCACCUUCUGCUCCCAUUCCAAGUUAAAAUGGCCGAUAGGCUGCAGCAAUUCCCUGUUUUAAAUACAAAUAUUCGAACAGUGUAGAGAAAUACGAAAACCACAAGUAACGUUAGUUUUGUCUAGAGUUGUUUGCCUUUAGUGUAUGUAACAUAUAAUAUGAAUGUAUAAUGAUUGUGCAAUCCCGUAGUGUACUGUAACAAAAAUAAGCAUAAUAUUUAUCUUUUUUUUAAAUAUCAUUUUGUCACUAUACACAACAUUUGUUUUACAACCACCAAAGUCUAAAGAACUACUUUACAUGGAAGCCCAAAACUUUACAAUGAACACAUUAAUAAAUGGCUCUCGGUAACUCA